AAGAAAUGGGGAAGAGAUUUGGGAAGUGGAGAAGAAUGGUGAAACAGCUAAGGGGAAAACUCUAUAUCAUGAGAGUUUGCAUUACUAUGCUCCUGUGCUGGGAUGACAAGUAUUCUUGAAACACAUACAUAUGUAGUACCAUAAUUAUGUCUUCCUUAGUUUAAGGUUCUUGUUCUUAUUGUAAGUUCUAGCAACCCUUCUUUCCUUUCUCUAGUUUGCAGGUUUAUUUGCUAGCUAGAUAUAUAGUUAUCUUUUCAUUUUGUGUAAAUGGAUAUGCUUAGCUACAGUCAUCUGUAUACACAUAUUGUACAUGUGUAUGCAUGUAGUAUAUUAGU